AGUCUAGGAAGAUGGACAUUACAGUCCGAAAAGUAUGUCUCUUUUUUAAAACCCCCCACCUCACUGCCUAAUGCUUUCUCACCCAGUCGGCCGAGCUGGGCCCUGGUUGGUCCGCAUGGUCGUCUCACACAGUCUGGCAUGCUUCUAUUGUAGCUGCGGGAUAGCGUUUAUUUCUUGACCCGGGGUUGUCGCCGAAGCGAGCGACAAUUACCAUGGUUUUGGUGACUCGGGGAGUGAACAAAUGGAUUGAGGGCCGAUGGUUGUUGACGUCAAGUCUUGGUACCCUCGACCGAGGGACCCACACCGCUAGUGAUGCAGCCGCAUUAGGGCCAGAACAGCCUGGAAGCUGCCCCCUGUUCCUCAGAUUCGCAAUCAGCCUGCAAGACCCGAGAAAGCAUGGCAUGUCUCGAGAUACUUCAAUCAAUGUCCAUGGUAUUUUAAGCAUGGCAUUGGGUCGGUGCAACGACAACAUCUGGGCAGUCGCCACCGAGACUUACCCGGGUCUUUAUUUGGAUGAUCUGGGCGUUGCCGGGCUGCAGUUCGGUGCCGUUUUUACUCUGGUCGCAACCGAACGACCAAGCGACGAUAAAAGUCCCGUACCUUGCUGUACUUCCGACUUAAUAUGUCACGUGAAAAUAUCUACCUGCCUUAUUCGGUGGCUGUGUCAUGGGAGGCCCCCAAGAGGUGUUGUACGUGUCCGCCUGCUCGGUUCAAAAUACGCCUAUGCCAUGCAGCAAGACAUACAACAGGCCAACAGGAUUAUAAGAAGAAGUUAGGACCACAAAAACCUGCUGUCGGUCAGGUCAUCUGGGGCUCAUCGCUGCUCCCAAGCGAGGCCACGGCUGAGUGGACGCAAACGCAUUGCCGCAUUGUAUAUCAGCAAGGGCCGAGCGGAGCUUGAUCCUGUGCAACGGGAUCCAGGUCGAGGCCGGAUAGACGG